CAUGACCAUAUGCAUGUAAUCUAUGUUACUGCUUACCAUUAGGCGAGUCACAAACUAGAAUUUUCAAAGCAAGACAGAAAAAAAAAUACUCAUAUUUUCAUUCCAUUGUACAUAUAUACAUAUCAGACAUGUCAAAGAAAGUAGAGGCAGUGACACCAGGACAGCGCCUUGGUUAUGCAGCGGACUAUAUACAAGGUCCCGGUACAUAUGAACGCGAUGGCUUAUUGUAUGCUAGUGUUGUUGGGCAACGAUAUAUUGACCAUUCAAAAGAAGAUGGACAAUUGCCUACUAUGAGGGUGUCUCGGGAAAAAGAACAAUCUGCAGUACCUGAAGUUGGCAGUGUGAUUACAGGCAAAGUAAUUCGUGUAUCACCUACUCAAGCAGUAAUUGCAAUUAUGGUCGUAGGUGACAUGACAUGUAAAGAAGAUUUUAUGGGUAUUAUUCGUACUCAAGAUGUAAGAGCAGCAGAAAAGGACAAGGUCAAGAUUUAUAAUUCAUUUCGACCAGGCGAUAUUAUUAAGGCAGAAGUAAUUUCGCUAGGUGAUGCCAGAUCAUACAUUUUAUCCACAGCCAAAAAUGAACUAGGUGUUAUUUUUGCCACUAGUGUUGCUGGUGCUACUAUGAUUCCCAUCUCUUGGCAAGAAAUGCAAUGCCCCAAAACAAAAACAAUUGAAUUACGUAAAUGCGCUAAACCUUCCGCAUAA